AUGAAGAAAGCGUCGGUGUUCAAUCUAAACGGACAAACCACGUGUACUCUCGGGUACAGCGCUCUUGUAAGUCGGCAAUAUUUAUUUCCAGAAAAUAUUUUUUUGUUCUACAAGGUCUACAAUCGUUACGGCUGUUUUUGUGGAUUCGGAGGAUCUGGCAAGCCUGUGGAUGGAAUCGAUGAGUGUUGUAAGGAUCACGAUGAGUGCUACGACACUUUUGAGAGAAAUAAGGUAAAACUUUUGUUUUGAACCAAAUUUGCAUCAAAGCGCACCUUCACACUUACAGAACUGCACAGGGAUCUCUGCGAAAUGGGAAGCCUACGAUUGGGGAUGCGAAAAUUCGACUUCCAGCUGUCAAGGUCUUAUAAAUUUAGUGUUAAAACGUUACAAUUUACAUUCAGACACCAACGACCGAUGCCAUACUUUGCUGUGCGAAUGCGAUCUGAAAUUGGUCAAGUGCUGGAAGAAAUUUGCGAAACCAGAGCGAAGAUUGCGCUGUCCCAGUUGAUGUUUGUGAAAGUAAAAUUUUUUUUUAAUUGUUUUCAUAUUGUCGGUAGCGUUUUCGAAUGCGUGAAACACGUAUAUUUACGUUGCAACUGUCCUAACACCCUAGUUCUCCAAUUCCUGUCCCCAGUUUUCAGAAACGUCUAGAAGAAUCCAGUACGAGACGAUGAAGUGGCCAGUCGUUCCGCUCCUCAUUCUGCUCACCGCCGAAAGCAUCGGCAGUGCUCCACUUGCUCACAUAAAGAGUAAAAAUCCAUAUAACCUGAACUCUAUAACUGCUUGUAUGGUAGGCAGGAGCGCUUUGGUUAGUGUCAUAGAACAUGUUUCUUUAAAAAAAAAACAAUGUUUACAGUGGUACUACAACAAUUACGGCUGCUAUUGUGGACUCGGUGGAUCUGGAGUGCCUGUGGAUGACAUUGAUGAGUGUUGUAAGGAGCAUGAUGAGUGCUAUGGACAAGCGUUGGACCAAAAUGUAUGUUUACUUGAUUAGAAACGCGGAUUGACUGGCUAGAUUGAUAACGAUUACUUUUUAAAGAAGUUAACAAUUCUCAAAAGCUUGUUUCUCUCCAGAUUUGCUCGCUCUUUGGUGUUUACUUGAUGCCCUACGUCUGGCACUGCGGCGACAACUCCACCGCCUCCUGUUCCGGUAAAAGCCACGUCGUGUGCCGAUAUCAUUCGAAAAAUACAGAUUUCAACACUGCUUGCGGCGUCUUCAUUUGUGAAUGCGACCGAAAAAUAGCGGAAUGCUGGAAAAAGUAUCCACAACCGGAGGAGAAGAAGUCGUGCGUCGUUCCCACGUCGACCACCCUUUCCACAACUAGUGAACUCGUCUAA